CAGCAGUAAAUAGUAUCAAUAACAAAAACAGUGACUGAUGUCACGUACAACCUGCAAUAUUGAUAGUUGCUGAUCGUGACACGGACUGACAGGAAAGAAUGGUGAACGCUACGAGCCAUAUCCGCAAGUAUAAACUGUUGUGAAACGUGCUUCGUGUAUUGUGAGACAAGAAGCUGCAGAAACUGUUGAUCCUGUUUAUCAGAACAUGAAAAUCCUAGACAAACUUGGCGAUGAGGUGGAGCUUCUCUAUGAGAGACCGAAACUUGCCACAUAUGAUGGAGUGCCAAUGACCGCCAAUAACUUCCCUAUCAAAUUUUGGAGAGAAACCCGCGCCUACAUACCAAGAGACGAUGACAUAUUUAUAGUUACCUAUCCUAAAAGUGGAACUACGUGGCUACAACAAAUCAUGUUUGUCCUUUUCAACGGACGUCACAUAAAGGACAUCAGCGAAAGGUAUGCAAAUUGUCCAUUUCUCGAGCAUUCGGGCAGUGUUCGAAUCGAAACAAUGCGUCGUCCGGGCGCAAUUAAACUCCACAUGCGUUUCGAGCAUGCGCCAUACGCUGGCAACGCCAAAUACAUCUACUGCGUCCGAAAUCCUAAAGACUGCUGCGUAUCCUUUUUUUACCAGUCACUCAAGACGGUAGAACACUUCAGCGACUGCACUUUUGAGGAGUUCUUCGAGUAUUUUAUGGACGGCAAAUGUGAGUUUGGAAACUACUGGGACCAUAUCGAGUCGUGGUAUCCCCACGUUACAGCCGAUAACGUGCUCAUGGUCACGUACGAAGACAUGAAAAAAAACAUUGCGCGAGAGCUCGGCAAUAUAGGCAACUUCAUCGGUGGUGAAUGGGGCCAAAAGUUGCAAAGCGGCGAAAGAUUACAAACGGUAAUAAGACUUUCGUCUUUCCGCAACAUGAGAAAACUCUACGAAAACAGUCUUUUUUAUGGAGAGAACUUUCUCCGUAAGGGAACUAUCAAUGACUGGGAAACACAUAUGACGCCACAAAUGUCACAAACAAUUGAAGAUGAAACUUACUCUCGUUUGGAGGAACUGUGCCCGCAAUUGCUCAGGAAAUGGGAGAGUUAUGGCGCUCUUUCAGGAAACAAAAAGAGCAUGUUUUAUUAGCUUUAGAUAAAAUUGACCAUUUCAGCUGUUAUAAGUUUUUUUAUAUACAACUUUUAUAAGUUAUAUAUAUAUAUAUAUAUAUAUACCCUAAAAAACCAGAAGAGUGAUUGUCACCACACACACCGUACCUAAUCCAAUCCUAUGCCUACGAUUAGAAAUAAGUAAUAGAGUGUGUACCUAUGACUCACAACUCACAGCAUUCAUUACGACGAGUGCUCGUACAUUCAAGGACAGGUUUUUAUGUCCUUAAAUAAACAGGCGAUAUAGCCUACGACAUGGAACCGCUGCUUCAGUAUAUGGCGUCUUUAUAUCUACCAAGAAUAUUGUCAGCGGAUGCAACAUGUGUCAAUCUUGAGAAAAUGAAAAACAAUGUAAAAAACUAUUGUUAUCACAUAAUAUGAAAUGAACGUAGUCUGCUAGAUUUACCAGCGAAAGUGCCAUUGUCCCUGGUUGGCUAGAACUAAUGGAAGGAUAACAAGCCAAUCUGACAGCGGCUAUUUUGUAAUUACAUUAUAAUAAUAAUAAUUAAGAGUCAUGAAACAGAUGCAUAGAGACGUAGAAUAAGGUCAUAUAUGAUUUGUACUAUAUGGAAAUGAAGAAUUACCGUAGCAUUAUUCGAUACGACUAGCUAUCCUAAAGGAACUAAUCUACCAGACGCCUCAGACGUACAAAAAGUGAGGGUCAUCCAAGAAAUAGCUCACUAGUUGGGCUCUAGACAGGAUACAUUUUAGUGGUCACAAAUAAUAUUAGCAAUCUGAAGUAGUGUAAACCCAAAGGUCUUUGAGUGACUUGCUCCACGUUUCUUCCCAUUAAAUUAUUACCAAAUAUAUUGGUACAGUAAAAUUACGCUAGUAACUGGGAUUGAGUCAGAUCAGUUGCUUUAGGACUGUCAUUGUGUACCUAAGGUGUGUUACGUCGUAUUCAGGUGACGUUGUCACAGGUAAUGUAUAACUAAAUCGUGCAUUUUUAUUAAGGUACUUCGUCAUUCUUCUGUAACGCGUAUUAAUGCGUAACAUGUUGAGUGUCAUAUAAACA